AUGGCUGAAAUCGUUGUUAGCGCCGUCAUCACCGUGCUGUGUGAGAAGCUGAUCUCUGGUGACUUGAUGAAGCUUGCUCGAUCAGAAGGAAUCGAUUCUGAGCUGAAGAAAUGGAAGAAAAACCUGCCCAUGAUCCAAGCCGUGCUUGCUGAUGCAACCCAGAAGCAGAUUAAAGAGAGAGCUGUUCAACUGUGGGUGAACGAUCUCCAGCAUUUGGCUUACGACAUUGACGAUGUACUUGACGAUUUGGCCACCGAAGCUCUGCGACGCAAGUUGAAUCAAGAAGCUCAAGCCAGCUCCAGUAGUAGUAAGGUAUUGAAGCUCGUCCCAAAUUGCUGUACUAAUUUCACUCCUCGCAACAUUAUGUAUGGUCAGCAGAUGAGUUCUAAGCUAGAAGAGAUCACCACCAAAUUGCAUGAUCUUGUUGACCAGAGAAAUGAUUUGGGUUUGAAUGUUAAUGUUGAAAGGUCAAAUAUAACAGAAAGACGAUUGGAGCAAACUUCACUGGUUGAUGAGUCCAAAAUCAUGGGUCGGGAUGGGGAUAAAGAGGCAUUGCUGGGGAAGUUGUUGGGGAAUGAAGAAUGUGAUGAAAAUGUGAGCAUAGUUUCCAUAGUCGGAGAGUUUUCCUUUAGAUUGGAUGGUGAGGUGGAUGCAUCUGAUAUGAAUGAAGCUUUUGAUAAGUUUCGUCACUUUUCACUUGUAGGUCCAAGAUCCGGAUCAUACAGAAAGCUUAAUGAAUUACAAAGAGCUAAACACUUGCGAACUUUCUUAGUCAUGUCAGGUAAUUUAAAGCACGAUGGCUUAUUGGAAAAGGUUCUUCUUGAACUACAAUUCCUGAGGGUGCUAAGUGUCGCGGGAUUGAAUCGCAUGUACCUAGGUUUUCAGAAAAUCAGGAAGGUACCAGAAUCCAUUGGUAGUCUCAAGCAUCUACGCUACCUUAACUUUUCUUUUACUGAAAUCACAUGUUUACCGGAAGAAGUGAGUGGCCUUUAUAAUCUACAGAGCUUGUUGGUUCAUAGUUGUCAUGAGUUAUAUAUCUUGCCUGAAAGUUUUGCAAAGUUGAUAAACCUACGACAUCUUGAUAUAAGUGAUACUCCAAAAUUGAACAAGACGCCCUUAGGGCUUGGUGGGUUGACAAAUCUGCAAACUCUACCCAAGGUCUUUAUUGAAGAAGGUGACGGGUUCAACAUAUCUGACCUUAAGGGCCUAAAUGAUCUUCAAGGACGACUUUCCAUUAUCAGGCUGGACAAAGUGAUAAAUCCAAUACAAGCAAAGGAUGCCAACUUACACCAAAAGAAGGGUCUUGAAGUUCUGGAGAUGAAAUGGAGUAAAGUCUUUGAUGAUUCUCGGAAUGAGACGAUUGAAUAUGAAGUGCUUAAAGAACUAAGACCUCCUCCUAAGUUAAAAAACCUCAGGAUUUUGUAUAACAAGGGAACGAGAUUUCCUAGUUGGGUCGGGGAUCCCUCAUUUGAGCAGUUAACAGAGCUUACAUUAUGUGGUUGCAGAAGUACACAUUUAAGAGUUGGACAUCUGCGUUCUCUUAAGAAAUUGGUUGUUGAAAGGAUGAAUGAGGUGAAGACUGUGGGUUUUGAAUUACCUGCACCUACAAAUUAUUUUCCAUCACUUGAAGUUCUGGAAUUUAGUUACAUGCAAGGUUGGCAGAGAUGGUCAAUUGAUAGUGGGGAUGACCAUGAAACUCCUAGAUCAUUUCCUCGUCUUCAUGAAAUUUCUAUCAAAUGUUGUCCAGUACUUGAUGAAGUGUCGAUCGGAUUGAUACCUUCACUUCGGUUUUUACGUAUAGAAGAAUGUUCUGAACCGUUGUUAAGAAGCUUGGUUGGUUUGUCCCCGUCACUUAUUGAACUGAAAAUGUUGAAUGUUAGAGGACUUACCCAACUACAUGGAGAAGUUUUAAUGCAUCUUAGGGCACUUGAGUGUCUUUGUAUUAAAAAUUGUGAUGAACUGAAAUAUUUGUGGGAACAAGAAUCAGAGGCAUGCAAGAGUCUUGUGAGUUUACAGAAGUUGGAAGUAUGGUGGUGUAAAAACUUGGUUUCAUCACCUGAGAAAGAGGAUAAUUUUGGGAUCAGCAUGGAAUCACUUAAAUCUGUGGAAUUUCAUAACUGUGAUGCACUGGAGAGUUACAAUUGUCCAAAUAGUGUUGAGAGGUUGGAGAUAACUAAUUGUGAUUCAAUGACAUCCUUGACCUUCUCAGCAGUGCAGGAGCACCCAUCCCCUCUUACUGAAUUGAUAAUCAGUGAUUGUGAUAACAUACAAUUACACCCCAAACCCAUUCCAGCAAAAGACUUCAGUUUGUCUCGCCUAACAUCUCUUGACAUCCGUGAUUGCAAGAAUCUAAAGUCAAUCCCUUAUGAGCAUUUUCAAAGUCUCACAUCUUUGGGAUACCUGUGGCUAGAAUAUUGUCCAAGUAUGGACUACUCCUUUCCUUGUGGGGUGUGGCCUCCUAAUUUGACUAAACUAAUGAUAGGAUGCUUAAAUAAGCCCAUGUCAGAGUGGGGUCCGCAGAGUUUUCCUACCUCACUAGUUGAACUAGAGUUAUAUGGCUACGAUUCAGGAGUGGUUUCAUUUGCAGUGGCAGAAGAUGUGAAGAAUACUACUACUACUCCAUCAUCAUCAUCAUCUUUUCUUCUUCCACCAUCUCUUGUUUCUCUAAGGCUCAUUGACCAUUUACAACCCAUCAAAUGUGACAAUAUAUGUGUGCAAGUAGAAAAGGCCCACGUUGGAUCAAGGCUGUCUACAUGAUGUCAGUGAAGGCAAAUAAAGAAUCAAUGAGUUUCAGAAAAGUCAUUAUUUAAAAGGGAAAAAAGAUAUUGAUGGAACUGCCCCUGCACUGUUGACAGGAACACAGGUUGAAAUAGACACAUGCAUUUGAAUGAACAUAUUGACUAUUUCGAAAAACAUUGCACCACACCUGAUAUUACUAAGAUUUGAUAUGAAAGUUUGUAAUAAAUCUUGUUUUAAGUAGAAUGCCAUUUCAAGUACAAUUCCCAUAUACAUAAUGGACAAUUAUGCCCCUAGCCAUAAACAGAUGCAGUUCCUAUUUUGAUUUCAAGUACAUCUACCUCCACCCCCAUUUGGUUAAAUGCAAGAGAAAGCAAUAUACUUUAUAGACUAUAAAAUGUUUACAACGAAAUAGAUUGAUUCAUCCUUCCAAGAAAUGAUGAUGAUACAUGAAGAUGAGAAACACAAACAUAAAAAGAUAUUAGUUUGGUCUAAUUCAUUAAGCUAUGG